CCCUCUUCCGCCCCUUGGGGCGGUGGGGUGGGGUGAGAUCCGGGAGGCAGUCUUUUUUUUCUUCUUCUUCCAAAAAGGAGCCCGGCAGCGAGCGCUGCGCGUGAGUCUGCAAGCCGUCGCGAGUCUGCGGGCGGGAGUUUGUCGAGCGCCGGAAACUUAGUUGGGAAAGUUGCGAAGGCUCCUCUGCGGCUCGGCUUGCCCCAUAAAACGAACGGGAUCCUCGAGCGAGCGGACCAUGUCCGGCUCCUCCAACGUGGCGGCCAUGAAGAAGGUCGUGCAGCAGCUGCGCCUCGAGGCCAGUGUGAGCCGCGUGAAGGUUUCACAAGCUGCAGCUGACUUGAAGCAGUUCUGCCUGCAGAAUGCACACCAUGACCCCCUACUAACAGGAGUUUCUUCAAGUACAAAUCCAUUUAGGCCGCAGAAAGUGUGUUCAUUUCUCUAACUUGUGUGACCUACGUGGACUCUUUUAGUGAUCUAAUAACUUUUCAAUCUGUUGUGGGUCUGGUGAAUAUGGAAGUGAAAGAGAGUGACCUGGAACCUGUACAGAAACUUUGUGUUAAAUGUGCCAACGUAGAACUAGUAAUACUGCUACUGUUGUCAAACUUCUUACAAUCUACCUCUCUAAACUUGUAUGCUAGUUGCAAUAACUUCUGUUAUCAUGAUGGAAUCAAUUUUAUAUUCAAGCAAUAAAGAGUUGAUUUAAUAACUUUGCUGGUAUAAUGCUUUACACAUUAGAUAAAAAAAACCACAGGGCAUUGUCAAAACAUAGUUUUCUAAAAUGGCACAAGCAAGAAACCAUCGAACUGCUUGCAGCAGCAACCUGCCACUUCUUGUUCGUACUACAAUGGCUAGAGCAGGGGUAGUCAACCUGUUGCCCUGCAGAUGUUGGGCUCCCAACUUCCCAUCAGCUCCGGCUGGUAUAGUUAAUUGUCAGGUUGAUGCGAGUUGUACUCAACAUUUAGAGGGGACUGCAUCAAGUACCUUGGGGUUAAAGGAUUCUACAACCGAGGACAGCAACCAGUUUGGCAUUAUUCUAAGAUGGAAGCUGCUUAGGGUUAUUACCUCCAUUUUAAAGUU